AUGGCAAGCACAUCGAAUGUCAAGAAGUCUCCAAAUCAACAACGCAAUUCACUGAACACGAGUUACAAUGAUCAGCAACAUCAACCACGUCAGAUUCUGCCGUCGAGACAAUCAACUCAGAACAAUGGUCGGGCUUAUUCACAAGUCCUCCAACCUCAUAUUAUUGUCCCUACCCAAUUUGGCUAUGGCGAUAUUAUGCCCAAUAACUUGUCUCCAUCGAAGGAUUUGACGAUGUCAAUGCCAUUCUUUCAGGAUUAUGACAGCUACCAAGCAGGUCAAUUCGGGCAUGUUCAACUUUACCCGACGGCCUACUUUCAGCAAGCACAACUACCCCAACCCCAACCUAGAUCCGUUCAGAUAGAUCCCAUAUUAGCAAAUAUAUUUUGCGACGAUUGCAUUCGUUACGCAGGUGCGGGUGGUGAGUCAUGCCUCUUGCAGAUCAUUUGUAAACAAUGCAAGGACAAAUACUUGAACGCGAAGAAUCAUGGCAGAAAUUCUAAUGCCGUCACGGUUCCCUCAACGUCGUCUCGUGGCUGUUCCUCGAUUCCCAUGUCCCAGGCGAUUCCCCAGCAUGGCAUGAUCCCACCUACAAUUCCCAUCCAUAACAUGCAAUCACAUCAUUCCGUUUCUCCCGUGGUGCCAACUCAAUCGAUUCCCAUCCAGUCGAUGUCUCUGGACUUGUCUCACGCAGUGUCACCGGAUAUCGUUCAAUAUCCCAUCUCUUCCCAUUCCUCGAAUUCCGAUUUGCAAAUUGAUUUCACCCUCGAUCAACCUUCCAUUUGCUACGAGGAUGGUCAGCUUGGUUAUAAACCCAGUACGAGGGUGUUGAAUGAUGUCUUCUUUUCCGAUGUUUCAACGGAUCAGUAUCUUUACUUCGACAGUGAUGCAUCUUCCGACACUGAUAUCUCGACCCCGAAUUCACAUCAUUCCCCGCAUCUUUCCCCCACCGAGAUGUUUGGUGGUGAUGAUCCGAUGUGGAAUCUAAUUUACGAGGACGAGCUCGAUGAAUCAAAAGAUCUGACCGUACAAGACUUGUUGACCGAUGUGCCCCCCACCACGGUCACGUCGCCAUUGGUUAUCACCUCGCUUACCUCGAGCGUUUCACCGAAAGUCCCUUCGAACUCGACGAUCGUUUUACAACAGGAGAUAUCCGCAUCCUCAUCUUCUGCACCUCAGUCUACCUCCGUCAUCUCUCCCGAUGCUACCAACUCGAACACAACGAUUACCAUUGAUCCCUCGUUGAUCUCGGCUCCCACCAAUCAUUUUUCUUGCGAGGCCAUUGACCCCAGAUUUAUUACUUCUACCGAAUCUCCGAACCGAAAACCUCCGCAGGUCAUCACCAGACCGAAUUUUAUCGAAUUAAGCGUCGAUACCUUACUCAGUCCCCCCCUUCAGACUCCAGAGCUCGUCAGCGACAAUAAUCUCAAACGAAGGUUGUCCUACACCUUUUCCUCUGAUGAUGAGAUCUCCGACGCUGAGAAUAAGAAGAUUCGCGUUGAAGAGCAAAAACCCGUCAAGAAAGGCGAUUUGCUGAUGGUUGACGAAAAGGAGUGUGAACCGGAAGGCUACCCUUCCCCCGAGGACGAGAUGAUGGUCGAUGACAAUUUAAUUGAUGAGGAGAAUGACUCUGUUACCGAUGAAUAUCACGACAGCAGUGAUGCCAUCUACACCACCGAUGAAGAUGACGACGAAUAUAAACCGUCUUCGAGCAGUAAGAAACCUCGAUCAUCAAAGAAAGGGACGAUCAAGUCUCAGGGUAAGCCCAAAGGUUCGUCGAAAGUGAUCAUUCUGGGAAAGGGAUUGAUAAAGUCAAAAUCAACCGCACAGUCAAAAAGCAAGGGGAAGGCGACCUCCAGUAAACGUGGUAAACAUUCGAAGUCCAACGGUUCUUCAAAGAAGACUAGCAAAGCUUCAACGCCCGCUUCCUCGUUCACCGAGAGUCCUGCGCCGACAACCGCCGUAAUGGAAACCGAUGAGCCCCAGGAAAUAGAGGAAAUGGAGGUGACCUCCCCACGUCCGACCCAGUCGCCCACCAUCUUCGAGGUCCUAACCAGAUCCGGUAUCGACUGGUGUAGAUACUGUGGUACCACUGAGGGUGUCAACUGGAGACCUGGUCCAUGGGGAAAGCGAACCUUGUGCAACAAGCAUGGUUGCGAUUACAAAGGUUACGGGUUCGCUUGCAAGCUUCCACGCUUGGACCUGACCGGUUUUGUUAACGAAACUGUCGAGGAACGCGAACGCCCGGUUCUACAACUCUUCUGUACCGUUUGUCAAAAGCAAGAGUCCUUCGUCGGAAAUGUUCUUGUCCGCUGCGAGAGUUGCCCCAAGGCAUUCCAUCAAAAAUGUUUUGCGACUGGCAUUGACGACGAGAUUGUAAACGGUGCCGAACCGUGGUACUGCGAAAAGGGAUGCCAAGAUAAUUUGCGAAGGAAGCGAAUAGUUGUUGAACUUCCCCGUAAGAGACUUCCCCUCAUGUCCACUCCCAAAGCCCAAACUUCUACACUGAUCACCGAUCCAUCCUUAACCCCUAACUCCGGCACCACGUCUCGUCCCCGAACUUCCCGAAAUUCCUCGAGAGUUUAA